GAUAUUGAAGAGAUCUUUCUACAGUCGCUUCAGCCAUUCGUUAAGGACGAAGAUUAUGAAGUUAUUAGCCGUACAGCAAUCGUGAGACUGGCGACUGGCCGUGGAGGAUCAAAAGCUCACGAUAUCGACGAUUUUACCAAUGCCGAAGCGGAGCAGAUCCUUGCUCUACUGGAUAGGCAACAUAAGACCUUCCCAAGAAGCCAAAUACAGCUUCAUUUUGAAAUCAAAGUGGUCUGUGAAGCCUUGCAAGGAAAUAAAAAGAAGUCAAGACAAUCCUCUCAGCCUCCAAAGCAGUCAACCACCGAUGAAGCUUCUUCUCCUAUAUCAAGCUCUCCUCCGGUUGCUUCAACGCGUUCUAAUCGUACUGGCAGGCUGUUGGAGCAACAUUCUCGUCGCCUAGAAUCCAUACGGAUUGCAGGAGAUUUUCAACGUCAGUUGAUGGAGCGAUACCGCUGUCUUGACGACAAUUGUACAAACAAAAAUAAUUACUGUUUCCCUGAUCCUACAGAUCCAAAUCUCCAUUAUAAUAUUACCGCUGCUCAGCACGAGAUGUGGGCAAAUUCGAUUGCAAGUGGAGAAGCGACGCUCCAACAGCCUCCCUACAAGCUUAUUCGGUAUUGGGAGAGGGAACAGGGCCCUAUAACUCGUCAAUCUCGUCAGCCUUUAAAGCAGUCUUCCCUACAGCAAACCAAGACAGCAAUGGAGCGCCUAAUGGAGAUGCAACAGCAGAUGCAGGAACAGAUGUUGCAGGCCCGGAUGAUGGAUCAAUUAGAGGCAAUGGAGGAGAAACAAGAGCGUCGAGAGGAGCGCAAUGAACGCCGUCAGAUGCAACGGGAACAGCGUGAGUUAUUGCUUCAACAACAGCAGUUAUUGCUGCAGCCUCAUUUACAGUCUCUAUAUAACCCUUUACGUCCCUUAUUAGGAAGACAGGAUCCUCCUAAUCUGUCCGCUCCCUUGCGUGAAUCAACACCAGUUCGACCCAAAUCUUCUAGUCCGAUUGAUGCCAACGAAGACGAUGCCGAUAUACUUGCUGCAUUCUUUGACUGGAAGAUAUAA